GGGACCCAGGGACAUAUGGAUGGAGGUUGCGGAAAGCUCGUCGCAGUUGAUAAGCUUGUUUAUGCCUAAGCCUUGUUUGUGGCGGUCGCUUGGGGAUUGCGAUGGUGGUACAGAAGGUGUCUCUAUAAAACCAACACUAUGUUUUUCGUCCUUAGAAAGGUAGAGGUGAUGUGGCAUUAUGCAUUUUGAAGUAGUACACAUUGCUGUUUGGACAUGAUUGUAGGCAGUAGUGAAUGUGCCAAGUGAAUCGUUCUUUUGGGUUGCCUCUCUAAACAUUCCAUGGUUAACUACAGAAAUGCUUAUGUACAUCUCUCCUGUCAUAUUGAUACUCUUCUCUGGUCAGAGACUGUUAACGUGGGCACAGCAACCUCCCAAGCUUACCGCGUUAGAAGCGCCUAAGGAUCUCGUAGCGGGCGAGAACUUCCGGCUCUCUUGCAACGUACAAUUGGGGGACCCUCCUUUCAAUAUAGUGUGGUAUCAUAACGACAAACGUUUACUGUCGCACGAUUCUGACACGUUAUUGCAAGAAAGAAGUGACUACUCGUCAACUUUGAUUUUCAAGCCAUUGAGUGUGCAUCAUAGUGGUACCUACAAGUGCUGGGUGAACAAUUCGGCAGGCUCUGAUACUUCUGGAGUUCACCUUACUGUCAACGCUGCGCCUGCCUGGGUAGUAGAACCAACAUCUCAGAAUGUUUCAGAAGGCAGUACAGCAUUAAUCCACUGUAAUGCUACAGGCUCACCACUGCCACAGAUAGUUUGGAGAAAACACAAUGGUGAUGAUGUGACUGUCAUCUCUCAGAAUGGCAGGCACCAAGUUUACAGCAAUGGCACUGUCCUCUUCCGGGAUCUCAAGAGAAGUGAUUCUGGAAUGUACACCUGCGAAGUGAGUAAUGGUAUUGGUGCUAACCUGAAAAAGACUGUUCUGGUAUCAGUCUACCAGACAGCACGGGUACAGAUACUUCGUCAAAAUUCAUCUGUUGUAACAGGUGGUUCUGCAAAUAUAACAUGCAUCGCCACUGGAGACCAUCCAUUAACAGUGGUAUGGAUGAAGAAUGAGCAGAGCAUUAAGUCUAGCAGCCACCUCUACGACCGUGUUAUUGUAUCAGAUAGCAGCCAUGAAGAACAGAUUGUGUCGUCCCUACUGAUGAAACAAGUAGAGCCAUCAGAUGCCGGCAAAUAUACUUGUAUUGCUCGAAACAGGUACGGAGAAAACGAGGAGACCUUUCGUUUGAAUGUUCAGGAGCCACCACACCGUCCAACCGCGAUAGAAGUUUCAGACAUAUGGAGUCGUAGUGCAAGGGUCCGAUGGGAAAGCCCUUUGGAUUCGGCAGUUAUGUCGUAUGAAGUUCAAUACUCAUCAUAUCGCAAUGAUGCUGGAUCCAGUGAGACAGUCCACGGCAGUGUCACCACGACUCUCAUUCGAGAUUUACAUCCCGCGACAGAGUACAAAGUUACCAUUUUGGCAAUAAAUUCUGCAGGAACCAGUGAACCUUCUAGCACGGUUCGCUUCAACACAACAGAGGAAGAACCCUCAGCUGCACCCUUGAAUGUACGCAUCGAACGUUCUGGGGCCACGUAUGUAUUGGUUAGUUGGAAUCCACCACCCGAAAGUGACUGGAAUGGAAAACUUCUAGGGUACUAUAUUGGCUAUAGUACUGUUCCUGCCAGUGACCCAAACCCUCCAAAAACUGCUCGUUAUUCCUACCAUACAGUCCAGGUGGGUGAAGAUAGCUUCACUCUACGUGGCCUUGUGAAAGCAACUACGUACAAAAUUAUUGUGAAGGCAUUUAAUGCUGUUGGCAAUGGUCCACAUUCUCCUCCCAAAGAGGUAACAACUUUGGAUGGGGAAUAUCCACCAGCACCACUGCUUAGUGUUAGCAACCUGUAUCAGGGUUCAGUACAGCUGAGCUGGAUGUUUAGUUCACCAGUACAACAACAUAUUACUGGCUAUACUUUACACUAUCGACAAGAAGCUUCAGCAUGGAGAGAGGUGUUUGUGGCAUCAGGAAAGCAGACCACGUACCUUCUGUCUGGCUUGGACCCUUCCAAGGCCUGCCAAGUCUACCUUGUUGCACAUAGUCACCUUGGAAACAGUGAGCCCAGUGAUAUUCUAACAGUACAGUUUGCCCAUCAGAAUGCUCCCCGCUCUCAGUCGCCAUCGCAACAGCCAUCCGAACUCCAGGAGAUAUUGUACAUUGUGGUUCCGAUCAUAACAGUGACUAUCAUGAUUGUCAUCUUGGUGAUUUCAGUCUGCUUCUACCUUUACAUCAAGAAAACACGUCCACCACCACCACCCAUCUAUGCAGACUUCCCGAGGGAUGCGGACUUCAUGUUUGCAGUUACGGGAGACGAGGCGGCGAGUCACCAUAAAGGAACACCAUACUCCACGAUCCGGAGGUCAACAGACAACGAAGGAAUUUAUGAGUCAAUAGUUGACAUGAGGACCUUAUCUUUGCGCAGAAAACAAGCCAACCAAAAUUCGCUGAAGAAGGGGACUAUAGACAUUGUAGACGUCUGUGUUGUUUGAGUGACUUUCUUUUAGGGUGGUGCCUUGACUGGGUAUAGAGUACAGGGGCCAUUUGUGCUGGCAUUUCUUCAAAACACAGAUACAUAUGAGUUCAGAAGAUAUAUUAUGCUAAAUAUAUGUAAAGUUUGGUACUUUGUAAUAAUUGCUGCGCACACAUGCCGUUGACAAAUGUAGUGCUGCCAAGGUGUUGUCUUAGAUAUUUUUGGGAGUGACAGACUUUAGAAAAUGCCACUCUACUUUCAAGUGUACUGCACUAUGGGUAGUGAAUGCUGCUAAGCCACAGCAUUUGUUUGUUCUAAUUCUGAACACUUAGCUGUAUGGAUGCCAACUAAAUGUUCAGAAAGCACUGAAGCUUCAAAGCAUAGGAAGCUUUUGUGCAUUGGCCUAUUACAAAAGACCUGAUCAAACCACAUCUUACUGUGCCUCAGCUAAUGUAAAUAUUAUUUGCUGUCUUUUAGCAGGAUACAAAAAUUCAACGUCAUUAGCACAUGCAAGGGAUUUCAGUGGCGGUCCACUGAUGUAUCUCUCCCACGUGGCUGAUAUUGCCUUUGCUUACAUAACUAAAUUUCCCAAUGCAUUUUCUACCCUAAUUCUUGUACUAUUUACUUGAGGGCAUAUUGUAUUAGUGUUGUACAAACCUCUAUGCAUAGUCACAAGAGUCUCUAGAGUUAUGGACCCCCUUCCCAAAACAGGCACUGUUGGGAAGGUUCUCACAUUUUCCCUCCCACAUUUUGCAUUUCGUUGCCCACAUUUCUGUUGCAGCCUUCGCUUUCACUAGUCCUGGUCAGAAAAUGGAUAAUGAAAUGACAUAAUGUGCAGCAAUUGGUGGCACUGUUGACACUAAUUCAUAGCAUGUUGUAGUGGGAGCUGUCUAUACUGAAACAAUGGAUAUUAGUUUUACUUCACACGGAGGAUUCUCACAGCUGGUUUUUGUAAUGCUAAACCAUACAUUCUUGCAUUAUUACGUGGCUGAUGUCAUCUGCCGCAACAUUACAUUCGAACGUGAUCUGAUGUUGGAUGCUGUGAGAUGAUCGCAGUGUUCGCUCUACUACCCUGCAUUUCUUUUUUCAUGUUGUUUCUUGUCUUAAUACUUAAUCAUGUACAAUAUUAUUUUUGAAAUGCUCUUCUAGCACAUUGUUGAAUAAUGUGCUACAUUGUGUUUCAUGCUGUAUUAUAGCCUUUAGAUUAUGCUAUUGCUGUACCAAAUAUGAUUAUUCUUAUACCUGUAGAGAGCUGUUCUCCAUUGACAUGAAAUGAGAUAAUCUUAAGGAUAAUUCAUCAAGUAAUAAUUGUGAAAAACUGUACAAUUACCAUGUGACUUGCUCCUUCCUUUUGUUAAUUCUGAAUGGAGGAAAAUGUGUUUUUUUAUGUGUUAACAGGGGAGCUACUCUCGUUCCUUACCAACAAUUAGGCAGGACAUAUUUUACCAUCAUAUUACCAGCCCUCAUCUCAAGGCACUUUCACACACACAUCUCACAAGCCAUUAUGCUUAAACUAACACACAGCAUUCAUUAAUCCACUUCUGCAUCAUAUGGCCAUGCAUUGCGCAUCAUUUUGAUGUAAAAAUUUCUAAAUCAUCAGCUGCAGAUGAUUCAAAUUGUUCAUAGCUAGGGUUCCGACUUUUCGGUGUUUUCAUUUGGCAUAAAUCAGGAGGCGCCCACCAGAGCCCUCAAUUUCUGGAAAUUUGUGUGUUUUUCGGAGGUUCUCCGAAAGGCAUCUCCAAAAAAGUCAAAAUUUUCCAGAAAUUGAAAGCUCCGGCAAACAUAUCCCGACCACUGCCAAAUAAAAACACUGAAAAGCUGGAACCCUAUUCAUAGCAGAGCGGUGAUGUACUGUGGUGUGUAUUUGGUUUCGAACUAGUGCUUUGUUGCAAAGGAGCAGCACCUGCCUUUGAGCUGGCGGAAUACAGAUCUGUAAUGAUGAGUAAGGAUGAGUGAAAGUAAAUGGCUGCUGUAGGGGAACAUCUGAUUCACUGACAAGUCAGAGAUUCUCAGGUAUCUUUUAGCAAUCACCUAUGCACAAUUUGGCAGUUUUCAUCUUGUGGUCCUCAUCCUAUCUUGUCUUCUCUUUUCUUAGCAUGUCCUGGGGACAGGAUUUGUGUCAAUCUUGUGGUAGACAUAUCCUGAAAUGUGCUUGUAACACACCCUCGUAAUGCAUUUAACAAUUUGUGCAAAGAUGCUGCUGUUGGCAAACCCUGUCAAUGAAAGGCUAUUUUAAAGUUUUGCCUGUUUGCUUUUGUCACAGACUGCCUACUUGGUGGUGGUAGUGGUGAUAGGAAUGAGAACAAAUCACCAGCUCAUCAAAUACAGUCAUUAUUGCAACUUUUUUGUUGUUGAUUGUGUGUUGCUCUGUUUGGGGAACUCGUGAAGUUUGUGCUAACUAGCCUCUUAUACAUUUGUCGAUCUUGGUCAGAGAUAAAAUUAUGUGAACAUAGUAUAGUCAGAUGAAAAACAUGUGAUUGCCUUUGGCUGCUCAUAUACGUUAAUUAUCGCUCACUACUACGUCAUUCUUUAAACUACGCUUUUGUGCUUUUGCAGAUGUGUAACUAUAUUGGUACAUAUUUUCAGCCAAGAGGCACAUGCUAGUCGUCCCAUCUAGUGUAUAUUGAUGGCUGCCUUUUACUGGAAGUACUUUUCACUACUACACAUUUUUGUGUGGUUUUAAUAACUUUGUAUGUUGUGUAGAACUGAAAUUUGUGCAGAUGGACAUACUGUAUAUGCUUGUGAGUGCGUGUGUAUACUUUGGAAAAGCAUUUCAUCUGCCUCUAUACUCCAGAAAGAAAGAGACAGCUUAUAUAUGGUGUAUUUGGCACACCAACGGUAGUAAAGCUGGUAAACAUGUGCUCGUGCCUUGCGUUGGAUGCUUUAGCGUGAAUUGUGCAUUUAUGUGUACUCAUUUGCCUACAACAUUAGGUUUGUACUGCACAGGUCUAGAGGGUGGCCCAAAAAUGUGUAAAAAAAAUCGCAUCGCACAAAAGUGUGCAAUCAAUGGCACAGGACUGUAACACUUUUUCCUACCUAAAGAGCACUUUUUGAUGGUUUUAAGCUUUCCCGUAAUUUUUUUGGACCAUAGAUAAGGAUGUUGACAGACGAUACCUUUCUCUUUGAAAAAGUAGAAUUGCACGUGUUGUUUGCCCCGUGUUGUUGCAGGCCUGUUGCGUUCUCGUGAACCUAGUUAGCUAUAAAAUUGAGUAAAAAAUCUGUUCAUUGCUUAUUAGCUAAGUAGCAGCAAAAACAAUUUCUGACUUCCCACACAGACAAGGGAGACACAUUAUUCAGUAUGUAAAGCUCAUGUUCAAACGUGAUAAGUGACGAAUAUGCUGUUUAUUCUAGAAAGGAAAAUGUGCCUUUGACAUCAAAGCAAAGCUUGAGAUCAGCAAAACUGCACAAACGAGUGGUAAAAAUAGUUUGAGAGUCCAUUAUAGUUGACGAUACAUUUUUAAAACAUCAUUUUCAUAGAUUUCUAACAAGCACACCCUGUAGAUGUAUAAAUCCUGUCCUCUUAACUGGGCGCCUUAGGAGGUGCCAUCAGUAGAGACUGGAUUUUUAGCACGUGAACCUACUUUUUGUGAUGGUCCUGAUACUAAUAUGAUGUCAUGAGGACUGUAAAAAGUACUUGUAUGUGUUUCAUUAUGAUAACUCUGAAUGACCUGGGAUUGGCCACUCAGUAAAGACAUGAAUCUUACAGAUUUUGUUCAAUAUGUGUACAAUGAAGAAGUGCGAUUUUUCUGCUUGUCAUGUCCAAAAGCAUUUCCUUUAUGCCAUUAUGCUCGACAAACCAAACACAAUACAUAUUUACUGUUGCCCCCUAAUUUGCCCAUUUUGGUAAAAAUUUUGUCUGUAAAAGCUGAUCUCUACAUAUUAAACACUGAAUGUGACCAUACACUUUUAAGAUAAGAAACCAGUGCUGUGCAUCUAAUAAAAUGUGGUAGACAAGA